GUUUUCUUCUUUCGGUUCGCAUUGUUUAUUGUUUGUCCACCUUGAGUUGAUUCAUAGAUGACAUUGAGCAUUAUCAUGUGCAUAUCACCAGAGUAAAGCAAAGCACUUCGGAAGCAUUUUAAGGCAAUACACGGCACAAUGGGACCUUUACUUUUCUCCGUUUUGGUGCUUGCGAUGUAUCACCCCGCGGGCAUUUUUGUAAAUCAAAUGCGGAUAGCCGAAUAUGCUAUCUCCCUGCUACCAAGUGGAAGCCAUAUCCACAUCGGGUUCCUCGCGUAUGAAUACGACGAUCUAUUUGACGGGAGCAAAGAGGAAUAUGAAAACUCGCAAUGUCCCGUGUUAACGCAUUUCAAUUUUGAAUCGUACGUGGUAUAUAUAAACGCUUCCUUUGCAACGUUUAACUACAAACACAAUUUCAAGGGACCUCCAGACCUGCCACAAAUCGGACUGAUCCUUGCUACUGAAAGCAGAGUAAAUGGAGACAUGAAGGGGAUCAAAGAGUUGAAGAAAAAGACUUAUGUGGUCGUUGAAACUAAGUCCUCUUCAAAGGGUCUGGCUGACCUGGCUACAAGUCCUGACCAUGUGUUUUCGCCGUACGGGUUUGAUGGCAACCGGUUAUCCAACUUAUUAUUGAACGAUGCACAACAAGCAUGCGAUACCGACAUGUAUUUGCCUGCUCCUGGAAGCAAACAAUGUCAGUUAUGCAGGAACGCAUGCGAUCUAUUCUUACCUCUCAACUGCACCAAUCCGGAAAUACAAAGACAGUGUAAAUAUUUUACGAACGAACUUGUGUACGCUGACAACAACGAAUCGAUUGAGGAAACGAGAGGGAUUGACUAACUCCCACUAUGAUAAUUGUCGCCAGUAUUGUAGGCUUUGUAAUUAUUAUGAUUGUUUUACUGGCGCUAUGUGCAUCAGUUGGACCAGCGAUGUUGCGAGAACGGAUUAUCAGCAUUCGCACUCAAUGCUUGAAUUUCAUGGAGUUGAUCAUACAAAGACGACAACAUACAUUGAUUAUUAAUAUAGACACGUAUAGCUCUCCUCUCUAGACAUUUUUAUCAAACGCACGAAUCGUUUCUAGAAAACGUUGUUUGUUUCCAAUAACCCGAUCUACCCUGAUUUCUUAUGUACUACUUCGAUCGUUCGUAUCAUAUUGUUCGAUAAUUGUAUAACCUGACACUAUCUGAUUGCUUCAAAACAUGGAGAAUAUGUACAAAUACUAAAACUUAAACAAAACUAUACGCAUUUCACAUCUAAAGAUAACCAAAAUUUAUGAACAACGUAUGGCUGUAGUUGUUAAAUAUGUUCAUGUAGAUGAGACUACUUUGAUGGGCUAGAGAUGACCAGUGUGCAAGGUCCUUUUAUGACCUUGUAUUGAAAGAUUUUUGAUACAUCUAUUUUGGUUGACGAUGAUUAUAACAGCUAUACAUUGUACAUGCAUAUCUGCGUUAAGUAAAUAGCAGGGGUAUAAACAGCUGCCAAGAUUUGUUAAUUAGGCUAAGUGACGUUCCUUAAUUCCGAAUGUUUUACUUUGACAUAUUGAGAAAAUCACUAAGGGAAUGUACUAUGUACUGACGGAACUCAUAUAAUAGUAACAGGUGUACACAUUGCGAAAUAACGAGAGUCAUUUACAUAUAAUGUAAUUUGUCUUAAUAUAAUUGCUAAUUAUAAUCAAAAGUAGCCAAACAAAUAUUAGUUGUUUGUUAUUAUAAUUUCAGUAUGCGAUUAUUGUAAAAUUUAAAUACUUACCUUGACUGUUCUCUAUUAGUAAGAUUAUGUGUUUUUUUGGUAGCAAAAAGAGGUGCUAAGGUUCGCAACUUACAUGGAAAAUUGUCAACACUGUUCUAUAUUUUAUAAACAUAGCCAUG